UUUUGGCGAAUGGGCAUCAUUACCGCACUUCUGAAUUGAGCGUGGCGGUAAAAACCCUUCAGAGAACAGCAGCAGCAGCAGCAACAGGAACAGGAACAGGAACAGCAACAACACGGAAAGAAAAGAGUUAACUCUUAAAGUAAAGUGAGAUGAGUGCUGGCAGGCAGAGGACUCUCGGUAGUGGGGUUCAGCAUGUAUUGGACUAUUUGAAGCGAAUGCAGGCAGAGAAUCCUGCUUUCUUUUAUGCAAUUCAGAAUGAUACUGAUCACUCUCUUGGAAAUAUAUUCUGGGCAGAUUCAACUUCCAAGAUGAACUAUAGUUACUUCGGUGAUACUGUUGUAUUUGACACAGUUUAUCGGACUAACAGAUAUAGGGUACCAUUUGCAGCAUUCACAGGAUUUAACCAUCACGGGCAACCUGUAUUGUUUGGUUGUGCUCUUGUUCUUAACGAGUCUGACUCCUCAUUUAUUUGGCUACUCCAAACUUGGCUUCAUGCAAUGUCUGGUCAACACCCAGUCUCUAUAACAACGGAUCCUGAUCGUCUCAUACAGGUGGCUGUUGCACAAGUUCUUCCUGACACUCGCCAUCGAUACAGUAAGCAUGGCAUACUUAGAGAAACCCAAGAGAAAAUGGCUCAUAUAUACCAAACACAUCCUACCUUUGAAAUUGAAUUUAAAAAGUGCAUCAAUGAGACCGAGACAAUAGACGAGUUUGAAUUAUCUUGGCAAACACUUCUGCAAAGAUACUAUGUGAUGGAUAAUGAAUGGCUUCAGUCUAUGCACAACGCUAGACAGCAGUGGGUCCCAGUAUACAUGCGAAAUACCUUUUUUGGAGAGUUGUCUGUAACAGAGGCAAGUGGAGAUUUAAACUCAUUCUUUGAUGGGUUUGUGACUGCAUCAACUACUAUACAGAUGCUGAUCAAGCAGUAUGAAAAAGCUGUAGCAAGCUGGCAUGAAAAGGAGUUGAAAGCAGACUAUGACACCACUAAUACGAUGCCGGUUCUGAAGACACCUUCUCCUAUGGAAAAACAAGCUGCUAACCUCUAUACUAGAAAAAUAUUUAUGAAAUUCCAAGAGGAAUUGGUUGAGACUCUUGCUAAUCCUGCAACCAAGAUUGAUGACUCAGGAACUAUCAGCACAUAUCGAGUGGCCAAAUUUGGGGAAGAAAUCAAAGCACAUACUGUUAGUUUUAAUUCUUUUGAAAUGAAAGCUAGUUGCAGCUGCCAAAUGUUUGAAUAUAAAGGAAUAAUUUGUCGGCACGUAUUAGCAGUUUUUAGAGGGAAAAAUGUUCUUACGCUUCCUACUCAAUAUAUAUUGAAACGAUGGACAAGAAACGUCAAGAGUGGGGCUGUGUUGGAUGAACGUGCUUCUGAAUUGCCCACCAAUUCCCGAGAGUCUCUAACGGUUCGAUAUAACAAUUUGCGACAGGAAGCUAUCAAAUAUGUUGAAGAAGGGGCUAAAUCUAUUCACAUUUAUAAUGUGGCAAUGGAUGCUUUACAAGAUGCUGCAAAGAAGGUUGCUGCGGUGAAGAAUAAAAGUCCUGGAGCUACACAGGAUGGGGCUUUGAGCAAUGGAAGUGGUCAAGAGCUGCAUGUAGCUGAUGAAAACAGAGUGGCUGCAUCUCAGUCUGCAGAUGAGAAAGAAAAGAAAAUUCGUGAAUUGACUGCGGAGUUGGAGAGUACAAAUCAACGCUGCGAAGUAUACCGAGCAAACUUGCUAGCGGUUCUGAGAGACAUGGAAGAACAGAAGUUGAAGCUAUCAGUGAAAGUUCAAAAUGCAAGGCUUAGUCUGAAAGAAUGAAUUGUAUAUAUGACGGGAAAUUUUAUGUUCUAAUUCUCUGUGAUUGUAAUUAAGGAUCCGAUACUGCUGUGGUCAGAAUCAGAGUGAGUGCCACACCAUGCAUUCAGGAGCUUGGAGUUGCCCAGAAGGCAUGAUGUAAUUUGUUUAUAGUUUAUAGAUUGUGAUUUUAUGAUGAAGGGACAGAGGAAGCUUUCAGACAAGUUUGGUUUUCUCUGUCAAGCAAUGGUAAAUGGUAGAUGACUGAUUUGAGUA